AUGCCUAUGGUAGGUAAAUUUCAACAUAAAACGGAGACUAAUCUUACAGCUAAAGUCAUUAAAUCUCAAACCUUUAACCAGUCAACAUGUUGAAGUUAAGCAUUGCUUUUAUUCUGGUUACUUUAAUGUUAGGGACCGAGGGUAGUAGGUGCAAUUCGUUUGGCCCAUUAAUUUAUAAUCCUGUAUGUGGAAUUGCUAAGGACUGUGUGUACCAUGCUGACAAUGAUUUUGUCGCACGAUUUCAAGAUUGCAGACGUAGGGAAUUAGGAAUACCACCAUUCCUGUCCAUUGAAAAAAACGAAUGCCCAUCAGACAAGCCCCGUUGCCCUCCAGUAAAUUAAUAAUACAAAUUUUAUAAUAAAAAGUCUUUUUUGUACUGCUUGUAAAAAAUAAAUACAAAUUUUAAAGUAAA